AUGCUGGUCAUCAAGCAGAGCGGCGAGACGGUCUACACACUGGAGGAUGAGCGGUCGGAGCAGCACAGAGCAGAGGAGACAUGUUUCAGACUGGAAAAGGAGAAACGGAUGUUCAAGAUGAAGUUCAGAAGAACGAGAGAAAAGCUAGAGCACUUUGAUGAUGGGCAGGAGACAAGACAGUUGGACGAGUGGCUGGAGGACUCGUUGGACCGAGUGGCUGACCUCACAGCACAAAACGAACUGCUCAAGUCUCUGAACAAACUCAAACAAACUGAGAUCCACCGGUUGAGGAUGAAGAUCGACAGAAUGGAUGAGGAGAGAGAUGACAAGCUGUCUGAGCUCAAGUUUCUGUUGGCCCAGAAGAGCCGAGAAAGCGAGCGCCUCAGUACCGAGCUGAGCAACCUCCGCUCCCAGGUGUCUGAAGACGAAGAACUCACCCACAAGCUGACUCAUGUCGAAGCCCUCAGGAAGAAAGACUGGGAGGAGAUCCAGUGGCUGAGAGAGUCGGUCAGCGAGCUCCUAGACAAACACUGUGUGGACACAGAAAUGGUGGAUCCGGUCACUGAGCAGCGCCUUGACGAGCAGCAGGAAGAGUUAGAGACUCAGCAGAGAGCACUGCAGGGUGCUAUGUGUCACCUCGAAGAAGCUCAUCUUCUCAUCAUUGACAAGGAUGAGCAGAUCGCAUUGAAAAACCACGAAAACGCCAGUCAAAAGAAAAUAAUCGAAGAGUUGGAGACGCACAACUGUUGCUUGCGACAGUCAGUGAAAAACCUUCAAGUUCAGCUGGAGAACCGGCACGAGGAGGAGAUCCUGGCCGGUGUCAAGAACCUCCUGCAGGAGUGUACCUUCUCUACAUUUUCUAUCCACGUAAGUGAUACCAUAGAAGGCAGCGUUUGGAGUGAAAACACUCCAGAAACAAAGCCACUGAGUACACGCAAUAAGAACAUGAAGCUCCUGGAGAACCAGCUAGGUCAGAACCAGGGUCAGGAAUUGAUCUUUGGCGCUGAGGAGCACAGCAAUGAGAGUUUAUUAAAGACUGAGAAAGAGAUCCAAGAUUCUCCAUUGGAAACAAAACCUGAGAGCCUCCUGGUAACAGAUGAGAAAGAUAUAGAGAGUCAGUGUUGCCCGAUAAUCCCUAGACCUAUAUCAGCUGAGGAAGACCGCAAAAACCUCUUGGAGGCAGAACCCAAAAAUGAAAUGAGGACUGAAACUUUCCUGGAUGCACAACUUGAAGGUCAGGGCCAAGGGUCGAUCACAGAAACUCCAACUGCAGGGCACAACAAAGAGAUCCUUCUGGAGAAAAACGUAGAGGAGCCAAGUGAUCAGACCAUUGACAGUCCCCCAGAAAGAAAACAUCAAAAUCAUCCAGACAAGGCUCAAGUUGAGGAAAAGCAAAUGCUUGAAAACCAGGGUCAUGAAAGUUCAGCGGAAAGAGAAAAUGUCAACCUCACAGAGAUGUUCGGGGAGACAGAACCAGGUGAGCAAAUUCAAAAGAGUCCACCGGAGCCUGAUUCAGGAGAGCUCCCCAGGGAAAGGCACGCAGCUCAGAAACAGGAGGCUGCCCAUAGGAAACAACAGGAAGGUCAAAAGAAGGGCCAAGAGAUCCUCCUGGAGAUAGCCUCUAAUGGAAGCUCCACAGGGACAGAAACAGACUGUCAGAGCCAGACAAGCAACCCAGAGAUUGAAGCUGAAGGCCAGAGUGAAAACACUCCUCAAAGAGUGGAGACGGCUGAUCAGAGUGAAGCGAUCUCCCCAGAGGUGGGGCUUGAGGACUUUAGUGAAGACACAUUCCAAGAAGUGGAUCAUACGGAUCAGAGCAAAAACACCUCCAAGGACAUGGGGUCUAAACAGGGCCAUCAGAGACUGCUAGCCAAAGUGUCCAGACGAGGAACUCGAAGACCCAAGAGGCGAGAUGGCCAUGAAAAAGAACCAGAGGAACCCAGCCUUGAACUUCCUCAGGACAAUGCACGACCUGGGCGUCAGAGUCGCAAGCCUGUAUUUAAGCUACGCCAAAGUAUUAUAUCCAUUGCUGAUAUUCUGCGCAUCCGGCCGCGGUACAACUACAGACGUUUGGAUGACCUCGCAUCGCUGCCACUUAUCAGUGAAUCGUACGAUUGUCCCUGA